AUGAACAGGGUACAUAUACGUUUAUAUUUAGAACGCGAUAGUCUAAUAUCAGAUGAAGUUAAAUCUUAUUUUAUAUUAGAACGUUUACCAGAUCAAUUGGCACCAUCGCCUAAUGGAACAUUUAAAAUCAUUGGUCGUUUAUUACCACGGUCAUUACCAUAUUCAAACGGAUCUUAUCGAAUUGAAAUAACAGUUCCUUGUGCCUUUCCAUUUGCAUGUCCAAUAGUAAAAUUUUUAACGCCCUUACAUCAUAUAGCAUUGGACUGUUCAUCGUUUGUUGUAAAAGAAUGUUGUUGUUGUGUUCUUGGUGCUUGGUCACCAUCAUAUAAAAUUAGUGCUUGGAUUAAACGACAUGUUGAUCUAAUUGACAACAUUGAGCUAUGUGGUGAUCAUGUACGGAUGGAUAUCGAUCGUGAAAAAGUGAAUGAAGAAACGAAAGAAUAUGUUGCAAAAUAUGCAUUACCAAGAAUAUUAUAUACUCAAGUUCAUUCAUUAAAAUCACUAUCAAAACAAUUGAUUCAAACAGUGAAUCAAAAGAAUAGAACAUUACUCGAACAGCAGUUGCCACCGACACUAAUGAAAUAUGUUAAUGAAAAAGAUGACUUAUAA